UGGGAGGCUUGGUAUUUUUGUUUAAUUUAUAUUUUUUUCUGGGUUUUUUUUUGGGUUGAAAUCUCAUGGGGUCGAACUUGGUUUCAUUAAAUUGCGAGAAAAGAUUUUUGAUAAAUUGAUAUUUCUCUAAUUUAUUUAAAAACACUGGUUUGUUCGGGAGAGCUAUAUUCAUUUUUGAAGUCAGGGCCUAUUUUUCGGGAAUUUUUUUUCCUUCGGAACUAGGCUUUUAUUGUGUGCUUUCAAGGAUAUUUUUGUUUCCGCAAAAUUUUUUUAAAAGUCUCCGCAAAUUUUAUUAAAGUUUGUCCGCAAAUUUCAGAAAUGUCCGCAAAAUUUUAAAAGUCCGCAAUUUUUUUUCAAAUUUUCAGAACGACGGAUUUCUCAAGUUUUCUAAGCAAGGCGUCCAAUUUAAAAGUAAAGCAACGGGGAAAUUGAUGACUAUAAGCCCUCUAGAGAUUGAUCAAUUUGCUUGGCAAAAGUUGGGAAAUAAGCCUGGAAUUAAGGUUAUAACGAAUCAAGGAGUUCAUCAUCGGUUUGGAGGGUUGAAAGAAAGUGAUUUUGAUAAAAUUUCAAAUUUUGUUUCUUCAAAGCUCGAAUCUUCAUUAAAGAGGAAUGACCUUUCAUUGAAAGGGUGGAAUUAUGGAGAGACUGAAUUUGAAGGACAGAAUUUAAUUUUCAAUAUUGGCGAGAAAAUAGCCUUUGAAGUUCCUCUGUCUAAUGUAAUGCGUUGUGUUGGAAGCAAGUCUGAGGCUAUUGUUGAAUUUAUUGCAAAUGAGGAAUCUCCUGUUCAACUUACAGAAAUGCGUUUUCACAUUCCACAAGAUCCAGAAAAUGAGGAUCAGGAUAUUGUUGAGGAAUUCCGUAAAGAAGUAAUGAGAUUUGCCGAGGUCGAAAGUGAGAAAGACCAAGCAAUUGUUACACUUCCAGAUAUUUUAUUGGCAACACCUCGUGGACGUUAUGAAAUUAAAGUCUUUCCAAAUCAUCUUUCUUUCCACGGAAAGUCUUAUGACUACAAAAUACCUCUAAAAACAAUUAUGAGAAUGUUUUUACUUUCACACAAGGAUGGAAGGCAUAUGUAUUUUGUUUUGCACAUAAAUCCGCCAAUUCGACAGGGACAGACUAGAUAUCCUUUUUUUGUAUUGGAAUUUUCGAAGGAAGAUCAUAUUGAACUUGAUUUGUGCUUGACAGAAGAACAACUUGCCCAACAGUACCAGAACAAAUUGGAUAUGCAUAUGCGUGGAUAUCUUUAUGAAAUAAUUGCCAAAUUAUUUCGAGUUCUGGUUAAUUCUCGAAUUAUUGUUCCUGGAAAUUUUACAGGGGCCUCGGGCACUCCGGCAAUUUCCUGUGCCGUUCGUCAAUCUAUGGGAUUUUUGUAUCCAUUAGAAAAAGGAUUUGUUUAUGUCCACAAACCAGCAUUAUAUAUUCGGUUUGAAGAGGUUGAUAAUGUUCAUUUUGCUCGUUCUGAUGUUUCUACACGUUCUUUUGAUUUUGAAAUUGUACAAAGAAGUGGAACAUCUAUUACUUUUAGUAAUAUUGGAAAGUGAUAAAGACUAUGGAGAUAAUCUGCUACAAAUCGAACCUUUUGGUCUAAAUUCUUUUUUCCUGGUUUUAGUAGUGGAGGGGAAAUCCAACUAGUUCAUAUUUAAAACGCUUACUAGGCGAAAGGUAGUAGAAAAAAGAGAAAAGAAAGAGAGAAAGUAGUUCGCUUUGUCAUUUGGUAGAAGACCUGUACAUGGUGAGCGAGAGAGCCUAUCAAUAAUUGCCGUAAGUCCUUGGAUCCAGGCCCGUAAGCAUUC